AUGGAAGUCAUCCGAGAACGCGAUGGACUCAUCCUUUCUCAACGCAAAUUCACUUUAGACCUUCUCCAAGAAUUUGAUUCCCUCAAUUUGUCACAUGUUUUUUCUUCACUUGACUCAUUUACUCGUUUGUCUACUCACACAGAGGAACCAAUAGAGGAUCCCACCUUGUAUCGCCAUCUCCUUGGAAAACUUAACUACCUCACUCAUACCCGACCAGACUUAUCCUUCACUGUCCAGCACCUCAGCCAGUACAUGCAGGACCCACGAAAGCCACAUCUAGAUGCAGCCUUCCGUGUGCUUCACUAUCUGCUCAAAGACCCUGGACUUGGACUCUUUAUAUCUUCUUCCUCCUCUUUCAAGCUCCUCGCUUUUUGUGACUCUGAUUGGGCCACCUGCCCGGACUCAAGGAAGUCGGUGAGUGGGUUUUACAUCUCCCUUGGUACCUCUCCGAUUUCUUGGAAAUCCAAGAAGCAGACUUCCAUCUCACUCAGUUCGGCCGAGGCAGAAUAUAGAUCCAUGCCCCGUGUGGUUGGUGAGCUUACAUGGUUGGUCCGUCUUUUUGAGGAUCUGUCGAUUCCCAUUUCUCUUCCCGUCACUCUUCACUCCGACAGCCAAACAACGAUUCAUAUAGCAAAAAAUCCUAUUUUUCACGAACGGACCAAGCAUGUUGAAAUCGACUGUCAUUUUGUGCGCGAACAAUACCUCGUUGGGCUGAUUUCGUUGUCUUUUGUUCGAUCUUCUGCCCAAUUGGCAGAUCUCUUCACAAAACCACUCGCCGGACCUCUUCAUCAUGAUCUCUUGGGCAAGUUAG